AUCGAUCGUCUCAAAAAUAUUCAUUUCUGUCCUACAAAUUCAACAGGGAAGUCAGCUUAAUAACAGUCGCAAGCCAAAAAAAAAAAAAUAAUGAAUCGCAUUCUCGAGAAGGUGAUUCACCAGAAUGGAACCAUCGUGGAUCGCAUUCUAUCGGAACAUACUAUUGGGUAUGUGGUGUCCGAUAACACAGCCAAUGCGGUGGCCGAAACGUCCUUCGAUAACACAAGUGCCCAGGCGAUCCUGAAGCACUUACAUGGACUCCUGGUGAGCACCUGCCAAAGCGUAGUCCGGGACAUUGACCCGUCCAACAAACUCUGCUUCAUGCGCCUGGCCACUCGCAAGUUCGAGUAUCUGGUGGCCCCCGAGGAGUACUUCACUAUUACAGUGGUUCAAUAAAAUGACAAGACUAUUGCUACAGAAGAUUCAUGCAAGUUGAACGAUUUCGGAAGAAACACAGUUAUUGCUGCAAAACCUAAAAUUAAACUAGACAUUUUAGGAGCGAUUUCCUACAACUGGGUCAAGUUUUUAGGAAAUUGGUUCCUAAAAUAUGAAGGUAUUUCAAAACAUACACGAAUCUACAAGGAAUUUAAUGUUACGAAGACAGCAUACAAAUAUCAACCAAAACAAAAAUAUAGGAUGAUCUUAGCAAAUUA